GCCGACGACCCAACAAAAUCGAACUCGCUCAGCUCAAUCCAUCAUUUUUUCGACUUUUCAAGUUUUCUCUGCUCUCAUUCCAUAUCCUACGCUUCCACGACCACCUCAUUUUCAUCUUCAUCACCAUCUUCUUCUCUUCUUUCAAUCCAGUCUCAGCCUCUCAGAAUUUUGUGAUAGGAAAGAGAAUGUCAGGAGGUGGUACCCAAAAAAGCUUAAGGAAAGCACUUGGGGCCCUCAAAGACACCACCACUGUUUCAUUGGCCAAAGUCAAUAGCGAUUACAAGGAAUUGGACAUCGCUAUAGUUAAGGCCACAAAUCAUGUUGAGCGGCCUGCAAAGGAAAAACAUAUUAGAGCUGUUUUUGCUGCCAUUUCAGCUACUAGGCCUCGGGCUGAUGUUGCUUACUGUAUCCAUGCUCUUGCCAGGCGGUUAGCAAAAACCCACAAUUGGGCGGUUGCAUUGAAAACUUUAAUUGUUAUUCACCGUGCUUUGAGAGAAGUGGACCCCACAUUUCACGAGGAACUCAUUAAUUAUGGUAGAAGCAGGAGUCAUAUGCUUAAGAUGGCUCAUUUCAAAGAUGAUUCCAGUCCAAAUGCAUGGGAUUAUUCUGCAUGGGUUCGCACUUACGCCUUAUUUUUGGAGGAAAGGUUGGAAUGCUUCCGUGUCCUGAAGUAUGAUGUUGAGACUGAUAGACCAAGGACUAAAGAUCUGGAUACUGCUGAAUUGCUGGAGCAGCUGCCUGCUCUGCAACAACUUAUUUUCCGUGUUCUUGGUUGUCAGCCACAAGGGGCAGCAGUUAAUAACUUUGUAAUUCAGUUAGCACUUUCAUUGGUUGCCUCUGAAAGCAUUAAAAUUUAUCAAGCUAUAAGUGAUGGUACUGCCAAUUUGGUUGACAAGUUCUUUGAGAUGCAACGCCAUGAUGCCUUGAGGGCUUUGGAUAUAUAUAGGAGGGCUUAUCAGCAGGCAGAGAGGCUUUCAGAAUUUUAUGAGAUAUGUAAAAGUAUGGAUAUCGGACGUGGAGAAAGAUUUAUUAAGAUUGAGCAGCCUCCUGCAUCAUUCCUACAUACCAUGGAAGAGUAUGUGCGAGAAGCUCCAAGGAUGUCAACAGUUCGCAAAGAUCAGGUUGCUGAUGAUAAAAUUGCUGCCCCCAAAGAUAUCUUAGCUAUAGAGUACAAGAAGGAGCAUCAACCAUUGGCACCCCCACCUGAACCAGUAAAAGUUGAAGAGCCUGUUGUUGAACCACCUGAUUUGUUGGCCUUGGAUGAUCCUGUUCCAGCUGCUUCAGAACUGGAUGGGAAGAAUAACCUGGCUCUAGCUAUUGUUCCAGUUUCUGACCAACCAAGUACAACUCUGCCAAGUCAAGCAAAUGGUAUCACUGGAUGGGAACUGGCACUUGUUACAGCUCCAAGUUCGAAUGACAGUGCUGCAGCUGCUAGGAAACUGGCGGGAGGACUAGAUAAACUCACAUUAGACAGCCUAUAUGAUGAUGCAAUUAGACGAAACAAUCAGCCUGUGAGCUACAAUCCUUGGGAGCCUUCCCCAAUGGCUAAUCCCAUGAUGCAAACAACUGCAUAUGACCCUUAUUUUGCAUCCAAUGCAGUGGCUGCACCGCACUCUGUUAUGGCUGCAAUGACCAAUCAACAGCAGGCUUUCAUGUUGCAGCAGCAGCAACAGCAGCAGAUGAUGAUGAUGAUGAUGGGCCCACAGCAACAGCCUUCAAAUCCUUUUGGCUAUAUGUAUGGGACCAGUGUCCAUCCAUAUGGCUCAGGUAUGCCACCCGUUCAAGCGUACAAUCCAUAUUCAGGCUUUAGAUAGAUGCUUUGCAUGCAAGACACAUUCUUAUCUGGCAACACUUGGAAGAAAGGAGACGGGGCGAGUCAAUCAACUUGAGAGUUUGGGAUUGGGCAAGACUAAACAGUACUGUAGCAUAUGUUGUGCAUGUGCAGUAAUCAGUUAGAAAGAGAUUCUUCUUCUUCAAUAAUCGGCGGGAGGAAAGCUUAGGAUUAGUGAUUAUUUACAUUGAUGAAGAUUAAUAAUAACAUCUUUCAGACUGCCAUAGUUUGAUCUGCUCUAUUGUUGAUCAAACUUAAAGCAGGAAUUAUAUUUCCUUAUUCUUCUCCCUGUUAAGGUUCCCAAAUAGAUGAUAGAAAUGAUUUGUAAUAUUUGUGACUAUUACAACAUUAAUGUAAUGGAGGGACUGCACGUUUCAUUUGUGGCUA